GCAGUGUCGUGGUUUUCUCUAGCUUUCUAAUACCAUCAUGGAAGAAGAAUGCUCCAUCGGUGCAGCUCAGCUGCUGCAAGCUGCUACCGAUUUUGCUUAUUAUCCCGGCUCGCGCUCUGAUGCUUCGGCGCAAGAAUUCCUCAUCCGCUUCCCCCUGCCCGCCAUUAUGAAUGUUUUGCAAAUGAAAUCGGAUUAUCCUGGUCUGGAGGACGCCUUGGUUGAUUGUUUGGAAAGGAUUUUCAGAACUAAACAUGGAGCAUCUCUGAUCCCACAUUUCAUGCCUUUCGUUGUUGUUGGACUGGGUGCACCAUCUCAGAAAGUCAGACAUUUAGCUUGUAAAGCGGUCUCUUGCCUUUUGGAUAAUGCUGAUGAAGCUACUGGUGUUUGUCUCAUUCUCCAGUAUGGUGUAUAUCCUUUAUUGCUUACUUGCCUCAUUGAUGGGGAUGAACGAGUUGCAGCAGCAGCGACUGAUGCAGUUAAGAAUUUAGCUGGGUUUCCAAAAGGCUUAGAUAUUAUCUUUCCAGUGAUUAGCAGUGACACACAUCUUGGAGAUUUGGCCGCGAAAUCUACUUCACUGGGACGAGUUCGAGUUUUUGCAUUGGUUGUGAAGUUGUUUUCUAUUUCGACCUCUGUGGCAGCAAAAGUCUACAGUGCUAAUCUUCUUAGCUUGUUGGAGAAAGAAGUUAGGAAUGCUAAUGAUACACUUGUAACACUAAGCGCAUUAGAACUUCUAUAUGAGUUGGCUGAAGUUCAGCAUUGCAUGGAAUUCUUGUCGAGGACUACACUUCUUCAUCUACUUAGUUCAGUAAUUAGCAAUGCCUCCACUGAUUCAAUCUUGAGAUGUAGAGCAUUGACAAUAACAGGAAGGUUGCUAUCAAAUGACAAUGCAUUUGUGUUCAUUGAUGAAUCCAGUUAUAGAAAUGUCAUUUCAGCCAUCGACAGGAGGUUUGCUUUACUGGAAAGUGAAAAUGCCGAUGAAAGUGAAUGUGCACUUGAAGCAUUGGGUCAAAUCGGUUCAUCCAACAAAGGAGCAGCUUUGCUACUCUCAAGUUCACCUUCUCCAGGAAGGUAUGUUAUUAAUGCUGCUCUUGAUCACCAACAACAUGGUAUACAGCUGGCUGCACUGCAUGCCCUUGGAAACAUUGUUGGGGAGAGUCGUUCUGGAAAUGACGUAUUGCUAGAUAGCGAUGCGGAACAGUCACUACGAUGUUUGAUCUAUGAGACAUCAUCGAGGACUCCUAAAUUGACCGCUGCGGGCAUUCUCUUCUCAAUUCUUCAACAGGAUUCAGAAAUGCGUCUUGCUGGCUAUCGAGUCAUCACAGGGUUGGUGGUUCGACCAUGGUACCUGAUGGAGAUCCUCUAUCGAAAAGAAACUGUAGAUAUUGUGACUAACACAUAUACGGAAACCCAAAAGAUAGGUAUGGAAGCUCGACAUAAGUGUUGCCAGGCAAUAUACAAGGCUUUCACCUCUAGUAAACUAAUUAGUGACCCUUCACUUUGUAGUUUAGCUAUCAAGCUUGAGGAAGCUGUUAGAAGCGGUCCUUACCUGGGUAUAAAGCAUGCUGAAACUCAGCCAGUUGUGGUGACAGAGCAGAGAUUUUAGGGUCAUCUAUCCCAUCUACAGAACAAAGUGACUAUAUUUUUAUCAUUCCUUUUUCCUAAAUAAACUUCACCUUUACAAUUCCUAGAGUAAUUUCACAUUUACAUAAUCUCUAGUAUUUUGUGCUAGUAUUUUGUUUUAUUCAAAUUUGUGUUUGCGGUUCCAAUGAAUUUUUAGGAUAGUUUCUAGAAAUGUAAAUUGUAAUUACUAAAACUAAUUUUUGUGUUAUUAGGGAAGAGUUUACAUUAUCACG